AUGGUUCGCCUGCUAAGAGCUUUCACUAGCUCGGCGCGAGCGGUGGCCUCCUCGUCUCGCCUGCUUCAACGACGCUGCUACUCUGCAGGCCCUGACGUCCUCAAUCCUGCAACGUCUACAGCUUCUGCAACGUCGGCAGCCCCUGAUGCUCUCAGUUCAACAGCGUCCGAGACUUCUCACGUGCCUCAGCAUGAGCCCAGAAUAGAUCCCCGAAAAGUUCUCGAAUCCGUGGGCGACAAAGGUUUACCACUCUUAGACCUGGAUGGACCGCUUCCUGAGGGCGUCUACGCCAACGGAAAGAUGCUGGGAAUACCCAAAAAAUUCGGUGGUAGAAAAUACUAUCUGUACACGUUACUCCGCGAUGCGUGCCGGUGCUCUCAGUGUGUGGAUCCCUAUUCCAAGCAGCGCAACUUCCGGACCAGCGAUAUCAGCAUUCACGUGCGCCCGCGGUCGAUUCGCGUGGACGGUGAUUCUCUUGAAAUCGAAUGGAAAAACGAUUUUAUGGGCCACGACGGAUUGCACGUCUCAAAAUACAGCCUCAAAGACUUGCAGUUUCCAUCUCCCCUCCCUAUGGGAGGCAGCGCCGGACCGAACAGACCGCGCGUGCUCUGGGAUCGGUCCAGCAUGGAGGAUACCCAGCACUGGAUCGACUACGAGGACUACAUGCGCGGCGACAAGAAGUUUGUGGAGGCCAUGCGCCACCUGGCCCUGACGGGGCUAAUAUUCGUUAAGAACAUCCCGGACUCGCGUGACGAGGUGGAGAAAAUCGCGACCAGGAUGGGCCCGCUCCGGAACACCUUCUACGGGCAGACCUGGGAUGUGCGUACCGUGCCUCAGGCCAAGAACGUCGCGUACACAAAUCAGAACCUUGACUUUCACAUGGACCUGAUGUACAUGAAGAACCCGCCCGGAUACCAGCUGCUGCACUGUCUCGAGAACUCCAGCGUCGGCGGCGAGUCGCUGUUCCUAGACUCCUUCCGCGUUGCGAAAACGCUCCACAAGCAGCACCCAAUGGUUUUCGAAGCCCUUACCAAGCUGAAGCUUAACUACGAGUAUAACCACGAGGACGACGUCUACACCAACCGCUGGCCCGUCUUCGAAGUCGGAGAGUUUUCCUCGAUCGUAAACAUGGACCUGCGGCACGUCAACUACUCCCCGCCCUUCCAGGGCCGAGUUCUAAGGCUCAAAAAUUACCAGUUUACCUCGGCUAGCUUGCGCGCGUUGCAUUUCUUUACCCGGCAGUUGGAGGACAAAGAUAACAUUUUCGAACGGAAAAUGCAGCCCGGCGAGUGUGCCAUCUUCGAGAACCGCCGCGUGCUCCAUGCGCGGCGGCCCUUCGACUUGACCAGCGGCAGUCGCUGGCUGGCCGGCACCUACGUCGACGAAGACGCUCUCCUGUCCAAAUUCCGGACCCUCAGCCGAAAGUACCCCGCCAGUUGGUACGAAUAUCCCCUUGCCCAAGGAAAGCAAACAACGGGUGAGAUGGAACGGGCUGGAUUGCCGUCUACAGAGGAAUUGUCCGAAGCUCAAUCCCUCGGUGGGCGUGACGAGAUCGACGAGGAACUUAAAUGA